AUGGCGGCCCUCAGGGCUCUGGUGUCCGGGUGCGGAAGGCAGCUCCACGGGUUCCUGGGAGGCCCCGCCACGACUGGCUGGCUGUGGCUUCCAGCUCGCAGGUUGAGAGAAGUGGUGGAGAUCCAAGAAGGGAAGACGACUGUAAUCGAAGGCCGAAUCACAGAAACUCCCAAGGCAACUCCAAAUCCCCCUAACCCCUCAGGCCAGUGCCCCAUCUGCCGCUGGAACCUGAAGCACAAGUAUAACUCUGAGGAUGUGCUGCUGCUCAGUCAGUUCAUCCGGCCACACGGAGGCAUGCUGCCCCGGAGUGUCACAGGCUUGUGCCUGGAACAACACCGGAAGAUCGAGGAGUGUGUAAAGAUGGCUCACCGAGCAGGUCUUUUACCGGAUCACAGGCCACGGCUUCCAGAAGGGUCCUUAUCCAAGAAUAAACCCAAGCUCAACCGCUACCUGACUCGCUGGGCUCCCAGCUCUGUCAAGCCCAUCUAUAAAAAAGGCCACCGUUGGGAUAAGGUGGGGAUGGCUGUGGGGUCUCCACUCCUGAAGGACAAUGUCUGCUACUCCAGAAGGCCUUUGAAGCUGAUGCAUUAAUGGGAGCCGCGCUGCUGAAUAUCCUGACCAGAACCUUCCAGAUGAUGCACUUGCCCCUCCCACCAGAACCACUGCCCUCCACACACAGC